UUGGAAAAUACAGCAAAUUACCUCCGAACCAUUGCUCAUCGUUAGUGCAGAUUAUUUCGAGUAACCCGAAAAUUGGAAGAGGAGGGAACAAUUGUUCUUUACAUCUCAAAUUUAUAGACGAAUAGAAAAAUGGUAUAUGCCAGCAUAAGCGGUAUCAUUAAAGGACCUUAUCAGGAAAUUAAGAAAGACAAGGAAAGGCACAUGUCGCCAGGGCAACAACAGCAGCAGCAGCAGCAAUAUCGUCAGCAACAGUCGUCAGGAAAGAAUGACAAGUACGGCUCUUGGGGACCGAUCUUUAAAAACAAGGAAAACUUUAUCAACAUGCAUACAUGUUGAUCUUUCACCGGGAUGUAACCUCCACGCGCGCUAUUGUGGCUUUUAAAAUGUGGUGCAAGGUGUUUCUCGCUCGGAGGCGAUUUAGGAGAAAAUUAUAUUUUAUGCCAAUUAUGCUUCUUAUUUGUGGUACCGCAAUUGAUUGAAACUUAAAUAGUACUAAUCACAACUGCUCACGCGUAACUUGCAGCUUAACCCCCUCUCUUUCUCUUUCAUAAUAAUCUAAUCUGAAAUUAUAUCUCAAGUACAAUUUCGACAAUAAACAGAUAAAAGAAGAAACCAUUUAACGACUUGUAAUGUUCGCAAGUAAGUUGUAAUCGAAAAGUGUACGUGUAUAAAUGAAGAAAUUUCUCGACUUUAUUACAUUACUUGAUCUUUAUUAAGCUGUAAGUUACGCCACUGUAGUGAGCUAUCCUCUCGGUGGUAACAUAAAUACAAGAAUUUUACUUCUUUUAUCGCUUUGUUUUCUCUGCAACAGUGCUUCGAAGAUGAGCGAUUAAAGCAGUGAAAACUAUUAAAUCUACAAUAACGAUGACAAUGGUUCGGAGAGAUUUUAAUACGCUUCUCAAGAUGCAAUUCUCUUUUACUUUGCUUUUAAUUCUAUGGUCGCACGCUGUAAUGGGUAUAUAUAGGGGCUUAUAUGUUGUAUGAGUUUUAAGUGCUUAAAGUUAUGAAAUAAAGGUGCAUUGAAACAAUUGAGUGUGUAAAACAUUAAUGCCACGUUGCCAAAAAUGAUAAAAGCGACGAUUUAAUUUUUUUUUGUAUAAGAGAGCGCUUCCUGAUUACUUAAAGUAAAUAUCUGACGAAUUCGUGCCGAGUUAUAAAACAAUGUCACAGUCGAUCGAAGAAAAUUAAAUAUUACAAAAAUUUUGUAUUUUGUAACAUCUUCCAUAGUUGCGACAGUAGUAUAAUGUCAAAACGAGAUUCAAAUAUCGAAAUAUCAAUAGAAAUUUGCAAAUGUUGAUGAACGUCGGCUCAUCUAGAUGAUUACGUUUUUCAGCGUGAUGGGAAAAACAGGGUCGUACGGGCAUCUUUGAAAAGUACAAAGCUGCAAUGUAACUGAUGGAUUUGACAAUGAGGGAGAGAGUGGAAGGAGGUUGUGUGAAAUACGGAGGCAACGGAGGAAGGAAAGCUCGUGUUUUCUCGCUUUCUUACGAAGCGAGCUUUUUCUCGCAUCUCGGGGGUAAAUGGAGAGUCGGCGCAGCAGUCGGGGCGGUGCAGUCAGUCGGAGCGCGCCGUGCCGAUUCGUUCGGAGGUUCAAGUCAACUACUCGCGGAUACUCUAUCCAGACCGUCUAUUAAUUUAUUUAUUUAUUUAUUUUUCUCUAGUUAUUUAUUUGUGUCGCUUAGCGUAUUCGCGAGCAGCCUAGAGUUCAAUUUUCGAGCUACUUUGUCUCUUGCUAGCACGACUUGCUAAUACCUAAACUCUCGGCUACAUUCGUGACGAGGUCCAAGUGCAAUCGCUACGAUCGAAAGGGGGAAAAAAGGGCGAAAAGUGUCGUCGUGGAACGCAAAAACCUCGCGAGGAGUCGCCCGCGGCCGCACAUCGCUGCUAUUUCGAGGCUGGGACAUACCGCUCGUCACCGAAUGCACCGUAAAACAAGAGGAAAGUAUGAGAUCUAGAGACUCCGUCGUGUACACCCCGGUAUCCCUUGGACCCGAUACUGACGAUGAGGAGACGUUGGUCAACGAGGAAGUGUACAAAAAUGACUUGGCGCAGAUACGAGCGUUGGUCGAGUCGACGGGGGUGUUGGGUGGAUCCACGUGCCCAUCCUGCGAAAUGCCCUUUGACAAGGGCAAGAAACGUCGCCUGAUCGAUUCCUGCGGCCACGAGCGCUGCUACUCCUGUCUAUUUCGCAGCGAGGUCUGUCCACUUUGCCUGCGUGGCUACGAUCUCAACGACGACGGCGACGACGUCGACGACGACGAGGACGAGGACGACAACGACGACGACGACGAUGACGACGAUGACCGAUUGGAAGAACCAUCUCUCAGGGAUGUUUCCUCGGCACCGCUGUCCAUCUUCGCGCCCACGGAUGGUUGGCUCGAUGAGUCAUCGACGGUGAAUUCUCUCUGUGGCAGCCCCAGGCUACGCACCAAGAUCACCACGAGGGCUAAUCUACCGUCGCGAGUUUUACACCAGCGAGGCGCGGCUGAAAAUCUCUCCUUGAUAGCAGUAGCCAAGAACUUGAAAAGUAAGGCCACUUCGCCACUCUCAGCUCCUUCUGUCUCUCAAGAUCGGCAAAAACUCAAAAUGACGCAAAGUUGUCCCACGCCACCAAACCAACGAAGAAGAUUCUUUCUCAACCCAAAAGUGCUGAGAAGUUCCUUAGCCGUCCAGAGGCCUUCGAGACACGCGGUGUCCUCGCCCGAGCCGAUUGUACACGACAAUCCUUCCGCCUUAUCAGUUGGGAUGACUUCGUCUUUGGAGGGAAAAGCAAGUUGGCCCGGCGUUGUCUUGGGAAAGAUCAAAUCUCUGUGGAGCAGUAGUCAAGGCACGGCUAACGACGGGCUGAAUCAGCUCAUCGGCUCGUCGAAUAAAGUUACAGACGAUGAGGGUGGUUGCGUGAAACCGUUGUCUUCGAAAACCAGAAAAUCGUCACAGUCGGACCUGUACAUGAGAUUGGGUCUGCUAUUGGGAUCGAAUCGAGCAAACGCGAGCAUGGAAUCGAGCGUGCAUCCCUCACGUACUCCGAUACAAGGGCACGACAGCUCUGCGGCCUCCUUCAGCAGCCUGACCAGCUUUGAGGCGCAGACAUUGGCAUCAACGAAUACGAGCCCAGUGUCAACGUUGACGGGCACGUCGAGCGAAGCGGAGGCCGCGGCGGCAGCGCUGCGAUGCUCUAUGAAACCGAAGGUCAAGGCCAAGGGGAAAACAAAAUCCAGAGACUGCGACAGCGCUGGUAGUCUGGCAUCUAUUUCCACAUCAUUAUCCGCGUCCACGUCAAUGUCCAUGUCUAUGUCCGUGUCAGUAUCGGGCCUUUCGAACGGUAGCUCCAGCCCGCUCGCACCUAGAAGACAUUCCGUCAAUGCCGCACACGCGGGUCAACCCGACGAGCUCGGCCAGUUGAAGAACAGACGAUCCUGCGCCCGAAGGUCGGCGAGAGCCAGCAACGUGAAAGGUCCAUUGGACGCGAAACUACGUUUCGUUCAGCGUCAUACGACGCAACUAAACCUGAAACCACUAUUCUUCGAGGUGCCGUUGUUAGAGCAAGAUCCACUUUUCGCGGGACGACAGUGGUUGUUACAUGAAUUAGAAUCUGUCAUCAAUGGCUCCAGUCCUGGUAUUUUGCUUUCCGGCUCGUCUGGCACGGGAAAAACUGCACUCGUUUUACAAUUGGUAGAACACAGUUGUUUCGGAAGAAGGAAAGAGCAGCCAAGGUCCGCAGAAGUGAGCGAGGAAUGCGACGAGACGGAGAAACAGAACGCGACUCUGCGAGCCAACAUUCAGCAUACUAACGAAAAGGUCCGCGAAUUAGCGUCGCACGUUGUAGCCUAUCAUUUUUGCCAAGCCGACAAUAACAGUACCUGCCUAGUCCCAGAUUUAAUUCACUCACUAGCGGCGCAACUCUGCCAGGCUCCUCAAUUGAUCUCGUAUAGGGAAUACCUCUUGUCCGAGCCCCAUCUCCAAGGCUCUCUGUCGCAAAGGGAAUGUACCGUUGAUCCUGAUCUCGCGCUCUCGAGAGGUAUUAUCGAACCACUUUCGACUCUGAAGAAAGCCAAUAAACUGCCAACCUCGAAUAUGGUAAUAUUAAUCGACGCCGUUUGCGAGGCAGAGUAUCACAGGCCGGACAGAGGCGACACUAUAGCUUCUUUUCUAACGAGGCAUGCACCUAACAUUCCUAGCUGGUUAAAGAUCGUUUGCACGGUCCGGACACCGUUGUUGGAUUGCGCGAAACAACUACCAUACACGAGAAUCUCGUUAGACAAGACUACGAACGAUGCGAUCGGUAACAGCAUCGCCAAGGAUUUAUCCGAUUACGUCGGUUAUAGAUUAGCGCAAAGCCCGUCCAUCCAAUCGAAUGUAACUGCGUCGGUAAACGGCAAGGCAGAAUCAUCGUGUAGCGCCUAUCAGACGAGAUUCUCUUCACAUUUGCUCACUCUAGCCAGAGGUAGUUUCCUCUUUGCUAAGCUAACGCUUGAUCUUAUCGAGAGCGGGCAUUUAGUUGCUAAAUCUGCAAGUUACAAGGUUUUACCGGUUUCUCUCGCACAGAUCUUUCUCUUACAUUUCAACUUGAGAUUCCCUACGGCAGCGUCAUUCGACAAAGUACAACCUCUUCUGGCUGUUUGUCUGGCAGCUCUAUACCCACUGACUCUACCUGAAAUUUUUUAUUCCGUCAAUUCUCUAAAUGUACAUCAUUUUAUUUCAUGGGACGAUUUUUUACAGAGAUUUAAGAUGCUCUCUGGCUUUCUCGUGAAACGCUUGGACAAUACGUACAUGUUCUUCCACCCAUCGUUCAGGGAAUGGCUGAUGAGAAGAGAUGAGGGGGAAUCGACAAAAUUCCUGUGCGAUUACAGACUUGGUCAUGCGGCGAUAGCAUUUAGACUGUCUCGCCUUCAAGCACCGUUGGAUGGUGACAAAACUUUAGAACUAGGUCACCAUGUGCUAAAGGCACACGUUUACAGAGGCGUAGCUCCAUGUUGGCCCUCGCGCGAUUUACAAGCAAUUUGGCUAACUUUAUCGACCGAAUGCAUCUCCUCGGCAUUGUGCACGCUUCGAAACAUUUACAGUCCAAAUGUGAAGGUAUCGCGGCUGCUCCUGCUGGCGGGUGCAUCGCCGAAUCACAUUACCGAGUACUUGGGUAACGCACCCGUCCUAUGUAUGUACGCGCACGAAGGUUCCGUCGAGAUGGUGUCGCUUCUUCUCGAGUUUGGCGCUGACGUUGAACUGACCAACAGCCAAGGCUGUACCGCUCUAUCGCUGGCGGCUGCCCGAGGACAUUGUGACGUUGUCAGAAGAUUGGCCGCCGCUGGUGCCUCGUUGGGACACGUAGACAUGGCCGGCCAAUGUCCUCUGGUGCACGCGGCAAGACACGGAAGACUGUCCGUGGUUGGGUAUCUUUUGGCCUGCGACUGGAUCAGUGAAAAUAAAGCGGAAAGUGGCGCCUUGGAAAUAGACAGAGAAGAAGCCGCCCAGCAAGCGGUUGUCGCAGCUGCGUCACAGGGUCACGAAGCGGUUGUAGAGUAUCUUUUGGACAUGGCAGAGGUGAUUGUAGAUCGUCCCGAUACAUUGAUCGGCGAGACCGCCCUAACGGUCUCCGCUGCAAACGGUUCGACUGCGACCGUUUCCGCGCUUUUGGCUCACGGUGCCAAUCCAAGAGCCGUCAACACGAAAGGCCUCUCUCCUCUCAUGCUCGCCGCCAGGGAAGGGCACUGGGGUACCGCCGAACGACUUUUACAGGGAGAUUUAUCCAUCAGCAUGAAUACAGUAACGGACGAAAGUGUAGCGCUUCUGGAACAAGGCGAUCUCGCUGGUCGUACCGCUUUAAUGUUGGCCGCUUCGGAAGGUCACAUUAAUCUGCUCGAGCUGUUUCUCGAUAAAGGCUCGAUUCUAGAGACGAAGGACAAGGAGGGACUCACCGCUCUCAGUUGGGCUUGCGUCAGGGGACGCGUCACCGCCGUACAAAUGUUGCUCGAUCGCGGCUCUGAUGUCAAUACGAAUGACAACUCUGGUAGAACUCCUUUGGAUUUGGCCGCAUUUCAGGGUAAUCCAAAGCUAGUACAACUGUUACUCGAAAAAGGAGCCGCGGUGGAACACGUUGAUCUUCAUGGCAUGCGACCUCUGGACCGAGCUAUCGGAUGUCGCAAUAUACCAGUCGUUCAAUGCUUCUUGCGUCGUGGUGCUAAAUUAGGCCCUGCUACAUGGGCCAUGGCAGCAGGAAAGCCAGACGUUUUGAUAAUCCUAUUGAAUAAGCUUUUGGAAGACGGCAAUGUUUUAUAUCGAAAGAACAGAUUGAAAGAAGCGUCGCAUCGAUACGCGUACGCUCUUAGAAAAUUCCCAGUUUCGCCAGAAGAAGAUUGUCAAGGGCAGGAGCAAAGUCAUAUGAUGCUGCAGCUUCAAACUUUUACGCAACUUCACUUGAAUUUCCUUCUAAAUUUGAGCCGAUGCAAGCGCAAAAUGAACGAAUGUACCGAAGCUAUUGAACUCGCUGACGAAGCCCUCAGUAUCCGGUCCGUUUCUUACGAAGCAUUCUACGCUAGAGCUAAAGCGCGCGUAGACUUGGGUAUGUUUGAAGACGCUCUAUCGGACGUUCAAGAAGCUCUUCAAAAUGCACCAGCUCACAACAGACAAGAUCGUAGAGUGCUCGCUACUUUAAAAGAUGAGAUUGUCUCUUGGAUCGAUGGUGCUGGGACCAAUAAAGAACACGACGGUUAUAGUGCUAGAUCUCGCCUUCGGGCAUCAGUGGAUACUCUUACCGAAUUGUAAUGAUAUUUGCUUCAAACACUCGAAAAAAUUUAAAUUAUGCCAAUUUAAACACAUAGUAGUCUACAAUUAUAUUUAUAAAUUCAAUCUUUCGAGGUAACUAGAUUUCACACUCUACGUUUAGGCUUAUUAAAUAGCAGCAACGAAACUAUUUUUUUAAUAUCGAAAAUCAAGAUGCUAUAGCACUGAUAUAAAAACAGAUGAAAAAUUGAGAAAUAUAAUUGUUGAAUAAUUCCUACGGAAUUGUAUUAAUAGAUAAUCAUAGCUCGCUUGUCAAUUAUCGAUAUUUUGCAAAGUUUUUGACACAUGCACGCGCGCGCGCGCACGUGUAUGUGUGUAACGAUUUUUUUUAUACAUUUUAUAUAUUUAUAUGUAUGUAUAUAUGUAUGCAUAUACAUAUAUACAUACAUACAUGUGAUCGUUUAUUAUUCCAGAAUAGUAAUUGAUUUUAGAUUAUUUUAAUUUAAAUAAACUAUUUAAUUGUGUUUUUAUCAGUAUUUUAUAUUAUUACAAAUGUAAUCGUAGCGCAAUAUUCAUUAAUAUUUUUCAUUUAUACGUAGUAUAACGACAAAAAUCUUUACCUCGGAUAGGAAAAUGCCAAGUCCGUUUCUAACAAGGCGAAAAGAGAAUCCUCUUUUUAAUGUUUAACCUCGCAACAAUAUUUAUCAUGCUUGCAUCUUGCCAAACAUACAUUAUGUAUGUAUAAGUUGAUGAUGAUGAAAUUAUUAGAAUAGAUUCUCAAUCAAUGAAAGAAAUUUUUUCUUAACGUAUAUUUCACAUUAGGUGGUUAAAUAUUUAAAUCUCGCAAUUAUUAGCGAAAAAAUUUAUAACAUUUCAAUAUUGAGAAAAACAUUUUUUAAUUAAUAUCUGUGUGUAUGUGUAUGUGUGCGCGCACGUGCGUGCCUGUGUGUGAGCGAGCGCUUGUACAUACGUAUUCAUCAAAAUGUCGUCUCAUGCUAUUUACAUUUGAGGAAAUAUUAAUUAUUUACAUAAGACUCAGAAAAUACAUGAUGCUCGUAUCUAAUAAGUUUGAUCGAAGUGCUUAUGAGCGUUCGAAACACAAGAGAAAAACACAAACAUGUUAAUGUAAAUGUUAUUGACUCCGUAACAAAGGUGUCAAAUAAACUAACUUUUUAUUAA